AUGUCUCUCACUUCGCAGAACUACCCUCCUCAGCUCCCCCCUCCACCUCCCCCGUCGCCCAUCAUCCUGAGUCGCAGCGAUGACCACCUGUCCCGCACCGUCCCCCCGGUCGACCUCUCAUUCCUCCUCUCACUCUACCACGACCAGUGCCACAUCUACGAUGGCUUCGACUUUGGCUUUGAGGACGCGCACCCGCUGACCACCCCAGAUGCCGGCGACGAGUCCCUGCAGCGCUACAAGGAGAGCCUCGGCCUCGGCAACGGCAAGGACAUUAGCGACCCCAACGACCCGCGCGUCUGCAUCAUCCUGAGCCUCACCAUGGAGACCCCCGGCCGCGACCCCGUCACCAUUGACCUCAAGACGCCCGGCAGCGAGAAGACGCUCAAGGACCACCCCUUCAGGAUCAAGGAGGGCGCCAAGUUCACCAUGGUCGCCAGCUUCAAGGUCCAGCACGAGAUCCUGAGCGGCCUGCACUACGUCCAGGUCGUCAAGCGCAAGGGCAUCAAGGUCAGCAAGGACAGCGAGAUGAUUGGAAGCUACGCGCCAAACACGGACAAGCAGCCCAUCUACACCAAGAAGUUCCAGGAGGAGGAGGCCCCCUCGGGCAUGCUUGCUCGAGGCCACUACAACGCCAUCUCCAGCUUCGUCGACGAUGACAAGAAGAAGCACCUUGAGUUUGAGUGGAGCUUCGAUAUCGCCAAGGACUGGUAG